AUGCCCCGUCCUUUACCCGUAAAGUCCUGGCUAUCAACUCUCCGGCUGCCCAAGUCAAAUUUUCCUCCCCGGCCCUCGCUCUCAGCCAUCCCCAAACUCCAAAAGCGCUGCACCGACGAGCUCUACGCCUGGCAGAGCAGCCAGGGACCUCGCCUCGGCCCCUUCAUCUUGCACGAUGGCCCGCCGUACGCAAAUGGAAGCUUGCAUAUCGGGCAUGCGCUGAAUAAGAUUCUGAAGGACAUCAUUGUGCGGGUGAAGGUGCAGGAGGGGUACAAGGCUACUUUUGUGCCGGGCUGGGACUGUCAUGGGCUGCCGAUUGAGAUCAAAGCUCUGGAGCAGCAGCGCUUGAAAAAGUCGAAGAGUGAGGGAGAAUUCGGGGAGAAUGGGGAGGGGAAUAGGGAGGUGGAGCUGGAUGCGGUCGGGGUGAGAAGGGCAGCAAGAGCGUUGGCUACCAAGACAGUGAAGGAGCAGAUGAAAGGGUUCCAGGAGUGGGGUGUGAUGGGCGACUGGGAAAAUGCGUGGAAGACUAUGGAUCCAGCUUUUGAGAUCAAGCAGCUGGAGGUCUUUCGUGACAUGGCGAAGAAGGGCCUCAUUUUCAGACGAUACAAGCCGGUGUAUUGGUCUCCGAGUUCGAGGACGGCACUGGCGGAGGCGGAGCUGGAGUACAAGGAGGACCAUGUCAGCACGGCUGCAUAUGUGAAAUUCCCGCUGAUGAGCGUGCCGGAUGUGGCACGGGAGACGCUGCCAGAGGGGACAGAAGUGAGUGCUGUGGUCUGGACGACGACGCCGUGGACGUUGCCGGCGAACAGGGCCAUUGCUGUCGGUGCUGAGAUGGAAUACUCGCUUGUGAGGAGUAGAGGAGAUGUGCUGCUUGUUGCGAGCACUAGACUACCAAAUAUUGCUUCGGUGCUGUCUAGCGAGAGCCCUCUCGAGUUGGUUCUGGAUGGUAUAUUGGGCAAAGAUCUGGAAAGUUGCUCUUACACUAAUCCUGUUCGCGGCAAUGAUGGUGGGUCCCAGCCCAUCGUCUGCGCAGAUUUUGUUUCUGCCGAAUCUGGAUCGGGUCUUGUUCAUCUGGCCCCAGGCCAUGGGAUGGACGACUACGAGCUUUGUACGAAAUUAGGAAUUGAGGCCGUGGCCCCUGUCAACGACCUUGGCUGCUUCACUGCUGCAGCUCUUCCUGAAAACCCGGAAGUCCUGGAAGGGACGCCUGUCUUGGAUGGUGGCAGCAAAAAGGUGUUGACGCUCCUUGGUGACAAGGUCCUCGCGACCCACGAGUAUAAGCACAAGUAUCCGUAUGACUGGCGGACCAAACUUCCUGUCAUUAUCCGGGCUACAGAGCAGUGGUUUGCAGAUGUCCAACAUGUGAAAGAUGAUGCGUUGAAGCGUCUCGAGAAAUGCCAGUUCAUCCCCGGUUCUGGUCGGGCAAGACUAGAGAGCUUUAUCAAAGGCAGAAGCGAAUGGUGUAUCUCUCGACAACGUGCCUGGGGCGUGCCUAUUCCAGCUUUGUACAAUGAAGACGGUGUUGCAGUCUUGACAGAUGCAAGUGUUGCCCACAUCAUCUCUGUCGUCCAAAAGCGAGGCAUUGAUGCCUGGUGGACCGAUGCUGCUGAUGACCCUGCCUGGAUUGUCCCGGGCUUGGAAGGAUCCUACCGACGGGGUAAAGAUACGAUGGACGUCUGGUUCGACAGUGGAACUAGCUGGACACAGACCGAAGGACAAGCUGGAGUCUAUAUUGAGGGAACUGAUCAGCACCGAGGCUGGUUUCAAUCGAGUUUGUUGACGCAUACCAGUGCUUCCGGGAAAGGCUACGCUCCAUUCAAGAAGCUCAUAACUCAUGGAUUCACGCUUGAUGAUAAAGGCAAGAAGAUGUCCAAGUCUAUAGGUAACACUAUUGCUCCCAGCCAGAUCAUUGACGGCUCGCUGCUCCCGCCGAUCAAAUCGAAAAAGAAGGCCGGCGGCCCCAGCUCCCAGGCCCUCGGUCCCGAUGCCCUUCGCCUCUGGGUCGCCAGCAGCGACUACACCCGCGACAUAUCCAUCGGCCCCUCCGUCCUUCUCGCCAACCAUACCGCCUUAGUGAAAUACCGUUUGACCCUCAAGAUGCUCCUCGGCUCUAUGCACGUUCGCUCGCAAGCUCCCCUUUCAUUACUUGACCAAAUCGCCCUCAUCCAGCUCGGCGAAUGUGUCCGUCAUGUAACCUCCGCCUACGAGAGUACCGAACAUCACAGGGGCGUCAAUGCAAUUAAUAGAUACAUCAACGGCGGUCUCUCGGCUUUUUACAUCGAAGCUAUAAAAGAUAGACUGUAUUGCGAUGAUGGGGGGGGUGUGCUUCCGGAAAUUUUCCAUGGGCUGCUAUGUAUGCUGGCACCGAUAUGUCCGCAUCUUGUUGAAGAAGCGUGGGAGUAUCGUCCCGAGUGGAUGAAAUCAGACGAUGCCAUAUGGCAACACCCAGCCAAGUACCCGCUAUCCCUGCUGCACCGCCGGAUCAUGAAGCCCGAGAGACUUGUUGCGGAGUCCUGGCAUGUUCAGCAUCUGAUGGCUGCUAACGCUGCUAUCAAAGCUGCGCAGGAGGAAGCUAGGGCCGACAAGAAAAUCGGGUCUAGCUUAGAGAGUACAGUGGUGUUACAGGUACCGCCAUCGGCACACUUGCUCUUCGAGGUGUAUGAACAUGAACUGGCGGCUAUGUUUGUGGUUAGUAAGGUGAAGCUUCGGACACUGGAGCCCAAGGAGACGGGAAUGGGCGAAGAGAAGGCGGGCAUGGAGGAGUGUAAGGACUGGCUCUACGUGAGGGGAUUCGAGACCGAGGGUGGCAUGGCAAAGGCGAUAGUCUUGCCGACGGAAGACCACAAGUGCCCCAGAUGCUGGAGGUUUGUGGCACCGGUUGAGGAUGAGUUGUGUAGACGGUGCGACAGGGUGGUUCAUGGUGAAAAGGAUGCGCAGAACGUAGAUUAG